UGUUUGUUUUGGCCUACCGUUGCCUAGGCGUCCGACUAUGCUGGACAACAACGACUGUAAACAAAUCAACAAACUCUGUCUCUGUACAGUUUUUUAAAAAUAUUUCAAUUGAGUGGAAAAAGAAUCUUUGUAAAAUGGGCGAUCGGAACACUCUCCUUUACGAUUCGACGCCCGAAAAACUGGGCCGGAAGAGACAGAUUGGAGACAGAAACGUCGAAAAGGUCAAAACGACCGCCUGGAAUGAGAGUGAAACAGAAUUACCUGAGAUUCGGAAAUACUCGAACCCUUCUGUGAGUGAAGUAUCGGAAACAGUUUUCAUUGGUGAUGUUUCUCCUGUGCACUCAUCGCCAGGGCGUUCUGACAAAGAACUUUUAAAGAUCCACAGGCCUACACCGAUAAGAGCGAUGGUCAGGUCUGGCAUUUCAAGUUACCCAACUCCUGAAAAAAAGAGGGACGAAGCGAGAAAGGAUGCAGGAAGCGAGAAGCAUAGCGAGAUCUCAUCCCUUAGGAGCGUAACACCUCACUCGGAUUCCCGAUCAUACAGGGAACGCAUAAAAGAAAGAGUAGCAGCGGCCAAAGAAAGGGCUCUAGCUUCGAGUCAAAAAGGGCCUGUACUUCACAGAGGCAAAUCACCUUCUGCAAAAUCAGACAAUUUGGAUAAGGAAGAUGAAGAGGUUGAAGAAGCAAUGAGGAAGCACAGGGCGAUGAGGACUAGAUGGAAAAGUGCCAUGACAUCAGCCCAGGUGGCAAACAUCCAGUCGGGUUACGACAUGUUCAGCAAGAGCUGGGAAGAACCUACGACGCCUCCCAAAAGCAGGGCCAUAUCUGAGGAGAAAUCAGGAAAAGGAGAUGAGAGUGAAGACGAGAAGCUUCUUUGCCACGAGGUCCUCGGUUCGCGGGAAGACGACUGGCUUCCACUUUUCAACUACGAACCACCAUCUCAGACUGACUUCCAGCAGCUGAAGCAGAAACAAAUCGGCAUAUUUUUCUGCCCUUCAACUUCCCCAGUCCCCAUAGAAGAAAAACUGGAGCCAAACAUGACGCCGAGGUUUUUAGAGGAUGAGGGACUUUAUGUCGGUAAAAGUGUGAAAAUACCAUGGAAAAGGUUGAACAAGAUCGAACAGAGGAUAAUGGCCAUGGGCUCCGAAAGGCUCUGGUUUGGUGAAGACGGUGAGCUCAAGGGUACACCCGAUCCGCUGGACCACCGUCGUUUUCGGCACAACUUGGAAGACAUAGUUGACCCAUCUUUAGUCAUCUACAAACCAGCUGUUGUCGAAAAAAAAGAUUCAGUAGGUCUUGACAUUUCGAGCGAAACGCCACACAUCCUUGAAAUCGACUUGGGAAAGAUUGAGUUCGAGCACCACCCUCUGUUCAGCGAAGAAGAGACUUUAAGCGCCAAACUUAAAUAUAUGAUAAACGCUUUGGACAACAUAUCAUCAGACAGACUCGGAAGAAGAUUGCAAGCAUUAAGAAACAGCAAUAAAGCAGGAGGAGAAGGAGACAAGAGAAAAAUGAAAAAAGAAUUAAGAGAAAUAAGAACAAGGUGGCUAAAUGAGAAAAAGUGUGAAAGAGAGCUUACACAAAUGAUCCUAGAAACGUGGAGGGAUUUGAAAUCAAUGCGUACCACACAGGGAUAUCAAGUAACUAAUAUCAGGCUGAUCAUCGUGAUGAGGGAUCAACUCCCGCAUGAAAACGAAUGGGACCAGCAAGUUGAAAUGUUUGUCCAAGAGAUGGAAGAAGAGGCCGAGGAGGAGUAUUCUUCCGAGAUGGAAAGCUAUAAUAGAAAAAUUGAACAAUGGAAGGCACAGUGUGAAGAAGAGGAGACGACAGGCGACGAGUCUGGAUCGACAAGGCCUGAAAAACCGAAGAAGAUCUCCAGACAGAAGAUCAGGAAAAGGGUCGUCAGUGAAUUGGCCCUUUCACUGAGGCCUCCUGAUGAGCCGAUACUCGAAUUGAGCUUGGUGUUCGAUGACAACGUACCUGUGACUGUAAGCAACAAACAGGAGCAAGAAAGGAGAAACGCUGUGGGUAAAUCACAACUCUGGGUCGUGCUCAGGCACAAUGAUAAAGAGGUGGAUCGUGUCAAAGCUUUACAAGAACCAAACUUCGUUUACCAAAUUGCCUACAGGUUUGGGCUGAAGUUGACCCAAUGGCCUAAGUCUUUAGGUCUACGGUUGAUAGAUGAAGGACUCUCACCACUUUUUGGAAAGAAGCCUAUUGCUGAAAUAUAUAUUCCAAUUCCUGGAAGGAUAUCCACGGAGGUGGCAGAUUGGCAAAACUUUGAAUUCAGUUGUGGUCACAUAACUGGCGAAUUGUCGCACUCAGGUGUCGGAACAUCGGUCAAAAAAUUGACUUCAGGCACAAUCAGUGUGCGGAUGGGCUGGGCCGAACCUCUACCAAAUAUCCUUCCACCUUCAAAAUCUCACAAAGACGUGUCCAAGGGGAAGAACAGCGACGUUGAAAAAUUAAAAGAGUGGGUCGAGCAGGUCCAACUGGACCCGAACGACCCAACGAACGCUGAUCUACUUGAGUACAUCAAGUCAAAAGAGGAAAGGAUUGACUUUGAAAGGCAGCAACGAGACAGCUCGUGCUUAGAUCUAUGCACAGACGAGGACAUUUCAGAAAAUCCAAGGCUCAAACUCCUCACCCUGCGCCAAGCCGGUCAACCUGAAUUCCGUUCUAUGAGAAAGGUUCCUCUCAAUGACCGAGAAAUCCCUAAAGACAUAUUUAAGAUGUAUCAAAAAAGGAUAGGAUUAGUGAAAAAGAAAGGAAAAUGUGGAUUAGACGAUGUCAGGGAAGAGGGAAAAAUAUUCCUUGAUCAGCUUAGGGAAGAAGUGACCAAAGUUUGGAGACAGGAGCACAACAAAACAUUCCGUGAAAUGGUCCACGAAGAACCUGUGCCUGAUUUAUGGACGUUAGGGUUGACAUUUAUGAAAUGGCUACAGCCUAAGAGGCCUCUCAGGCCGAAGAGAAAAGGUCGGAAGAAGCUUCCUGUCAAAAGUCUCGUCGGUCAACAACUUGAAAUAAUGGUGAAUAUAGGACGAGCUUUUGAAGUCCCUGUUAGGAAAGAGGAGGACAAAACUUCUGAGGACUUUCAAGUAGUGGCUGUCAGGCCUUUUGUAGAAGUUACGUUUCAGGAUCAAAGGCGGCGUACGCCGACAGGCGAGGGGCCGAACCCGACUUGGAACCAAGACCUACAUAUUCCUGUUCAUUGCCCUGCUGGAAUUCAAUCGGUUCAAGACUCUCUACAUUUUCACCUUUAUGAUGAAACACUUGUCGAUCUUGUCGAAGAUGACAGGCUGAGGGAGACCAACAUACACCAAAGAAUGGGCCGUUACUGGCUCGGCAGCUUCAGAAUACCAUUUUCAUACCUUUACCAAUCGUCCAGGAUUGAAGGCACUUUUCAGCUCUACUCUCCUCCAGUUUUACUCGGCUACACCAGGGAAUCUAAAGAAUUCCGGGACAGCACUUUUCUGUCCAUAUUCGUCAUGGUCCAUCCUCCCCUACAUCCUCCUGCACCAUUCCUUGAAAAAUUGGAAACAAAAGAAGAAACUUCUUUGGAAGUUCAUCUCGAACAGUGGUUGUUGGAAUUGAGUAAAAGUUUUCCGAAUAGGAGAGUCGUAACGCUCGUCACAGACACUUCGAGUAAAUCUGUAUGCAUCACAAGAUAUUUACGACCUAUUAAACCUCCAGAAAUUAUAGAGAAUGAAGUGACGACGGUCGACAUGGCGGCAAGGUUUGUCUCGAUGAUACCAGUCUCGCACAGCCAUCAGCAUGUUGUGGCAGGAAUGACAGACAUCUGGAUGACCGCUGAUGAAAUUCUUGAGCAUUGUGUGACACCGCCUUACUCCCAGGCUACGCUUCUUGCUUGCUACUUGCUCUCGAUCGAUUCCGACUUGGAAGUCCGCCUCUUGUUUGGAACCGGUGUCCCUGGAGGUUCUUCUGUCUAUAUAAUGACGCUGAGCAGGACGACAAAGGAGAUCAAAAUCUGGGACCCAAGCACUGGGAAGAAGUACACUCAUUCCGACCCUUUUUGCCCGUUAAGCCGUGUCCACGCGAUAGUCGACCAUACAAACAUUUGGGUGAAUAGCCAAAAGGAAGAGUUGAUUUCGCAGAUAAACCUCGAUGUGAAUAAGCGUUAUGACUGGUGGCCUGCAUUCGGUCGUAGCAUUUCAGCGCCGAAAGAGUCAGUACAACCAGAAUCUCUGGUCUAUUUGAAAACAUCCCAAAUGGAGGUGCAGAGACUUCAAGACAAACUUGAAAAACUUUUAAGAAACGCUAUAAUGAAACUGCGACAUAUGAAUAGAACGAUUUGGAACAGGUACGUUCAAAGUUCGCUUAGAAAACUGCUCCCAGAGUUAGAAAAAUCAAUGUGGACUGGCAACAUUGGAUCACCUCCUGAUCACAUACAAGAACUCCAGCAUAUCACAUCAUCCUACAAGAUGUGUGGUUUUCCGAUAAACAUGUCCUACACGACACCGACUGCUCUCGUUGAAGCUGUAAAAUCAACAGGUGUACAUAUGAACGACGCUCCAGACAUUGAGUUCUCGAUGGCUGUGUAUAUACAUCCGUUCCCAUCGAAUGUACUUUCCAUCUGGGUCUAUGUAGCCUCCCUAAUAAGAAGGCAAUAAUAUUGUAGACAUAUACAUAUAAAAGAAAGAAUAUUGAAAUUUUGA